AUGGAAAAAUCUCUAGAACAGGCGUCGGGCAUCUCUUUGGGCUCAGAAACUACAGCCGGGCCAACUGCCGCCCAUACUGAUGAUCAGGAAGAUGGCAACCGGGCAAAGCAGGCAGAAGGGGAAGCACUUUUCCAAACUGGUCAGGAAGUUGAUGACCAAAGAAUUUACGAAAACACUGGAUCCAGAACAUCUGUUCAUACCUACCGCAAAUCAUUGAUUCUUGAUGAAACUGAUGACCAUGGAGCAUCUGGUAAGGUUGACCAAAGAACGCUUGACCACAGGGCAUCUAGACAAUUUGAAUCUGAUUAUGUGGGAUAUGAACAGGAUGGCAAGAUAUCCAGCCAGGCUGACAGAAGAACUUCUGAACAGAUUGCCCACAGGUUGUCCAGCCAGGCUGACCCAAAAACUUAUGAACAGAUUGCCCACAGGUUGUCCAGCCAGGCUGACCCAGAAGCUUAUAAACAGGUUGACCACAGAUUGUCCGUCCAGGCUGACCAAAAAACCAAUGAACAGACUGACCCCAGAUUGUCAGGCCUGAUUGACAGAAACUUUUAUGAACAGAUUGACCGCAGAUUGUCCAGCCAGGCUGACUACAAAGCCUAUGACCAGACAGACCACAGAUUGUCUGGCCGGGUUGACAGAAAAAGUUAUGAACAGACUGGCCACAGAUUGUCUACUGUGCCUGAGCAUGGAAUUUCUCAACAGAUUGACCAGAGAUUGUCCAUCUCAACUGACCGAAGUACUUCUCAACAGACUGUCCAGAGAUUGUCCAUCUCAACUGACCGAAGACCUUCAGAACAGACUGGCCAGAGACCGUCCAUCUCAACUGACCAAAGACCUUCAGAACAGACUGAACAGACUGGCCAGAGACCGUCCAUCUCAACUGACCGAAGACCUUCAGAACAGACUGGCCAGAGACCGUCCAUCUCAACUGACCAAAGAACUCCUGAACAGAUUGGCCACAGAUUGCCUGGUGCUACUGACCCCAGAACAUCUGUACAGUAUCACCGAGCCUCUGAAUCUGUAAAAUAUGAGGAUGACUACAAUGAAUUUGACCAUGUUAAGAAUGGAGUAGAUUACCAGGUUGACCACUUCAUGCACAAAGAAGAUGGUCACGCUGAAGACGACCUAAAAGAGGACAGAACAUCUGGCCAGUAUGACAACAGAAUAUUUUCCCUGUUUAAGGAUAGCAAGGAGAGUGAAGAGGCUGAUGACAGAUUACAAUCCGACAAAUUGGAGGGUCACCCAAAGGACUUCCAACCCAGAAUUUCCAUUGCAAUAGAAACUGACACUAAUAGUACAGACGUUUUGCAAAACAACAGCCCAUCGGAGAGCGAAUUAACCCAUUUUUUCCAAGCAGCAGUCCCACACUUUCCCCAAAUAUUUCCUUCUAUCUCAUCCAAAUUGAACUAUAAACUCAGUCAAGAAAACAAGCCUGAUGGUAUUUCACAGUUUGAAAAAGAACAUAGCUUACCAGAGCGCAAAUCAGCUUAUAAAAAGACAUUUUCUUCAGUACAACAUGAUGAUCCUUAUCAACUGGCACUUAAAUAUGUGGAGAAGCACAACAUUCUACAAAUAUUCCAGCAGAUAACAGAAAAUUUGGUCUAUGAAAAACCAGAAGACCCACUGAAUUUUAUGCUGAGAGAGUGCCGAUGCUAUGAAUAA